UGGAAAGGGUGUUGAUCCUACAUCUGAAUAUGAUUUUGAAUAUAAGUUUAGUUGUAGAUUCUUUUCACUAGUGGGUAAUUGAAAAGUUAAAGAAUUGAAAAUGACUUUUAGAACACACCUUAGAGAGCAUGCUGAAGCUAUAUAUGGACACCCCUGCUGUGUACCUUUUAUCCACUUCCUGACAUAGUAAACCCCAAUCCAUCUCCAAGUGCCAAGCAGAGACGCAUUUUUCCAGUCUUUGGUAUGGCUUGACCGGGGAUUGAACUCCCAACCUUCCAAUGUCAGGGAGGGCAAAGCAUGAUCUUGACAAAGCAUGUGGUAAAAAAAGUACCAUGAAUAGUCUUAACAACACAAGAAUAUCAAUCCAAUGAACCAUAUGUUGUUGUUUUUUACAAGAAGCUGCACUGUAAAGGAUAUACUCAUCAUGAGAGUGAGUGAGAGGAACUGUGAACAGAGCAACAAAUGAUUGCGAAACUCAAUGUAUGCCGUAUUAGGCUAGAUUGGGAGGGUGUAUGUAGUGUAGUGGGGAGGUGAUCAUACUCAGUGCAUGGCCACUCUAUAAGAUGCUCAUUUGCAUUUGCCUCACUCUAUCUGACUGAUUGAAACUUAACACCAGAGGUAACUGUUCUCUCUCUGUCAAGAUUUAUUUUGCUUAAGACAAGUUUUGCUUUCUGUGACUGCUCUUUGGGGAGGUGGUCGUUUAUGUGAAGGAUUUCCACAUUUCUCAUAUCUGGAGGUUUUCUUCCACUACUGUGUGUCUUGUCUUUUCUGCUGACAAGACGACCUGAGGAGUCAUACUGUACAACCCACACUAGUGCUUGGUCUUGCUCUGGGAAAUCUCUCUGUGUCUCUCGUUGUGUGCCGGGACCCCUGGUGCGUGGACCUCGCUCAGGUACUACUUGACUACCUCUUGGAGGAUCCUUUUUCAGUUCCUUAUAUUCUCUGAUCGGAGAGAUCAUGGCUGAGGGUGGUGUCCCGUACCCCUCCGUGUUCAUGGUGGAUAGCCAUGCAGCCUACCCACCGCUGCCCCCCAAACCGAGACCUCCUGGAUGGGGUGGCAGGGCCCAAAGCCUGCUGUUCUUGCUGGUUGGUCUGGCUUUGUGUGGAUUGGCCAUAGAGGCCUGCUUCAUCUACCACCUCUACUCCAAACAGGGAUCUGCGGAGUCAGGGUCAGCUGGUAUGAGUAUCCAAGACCAAGAGGACAUUCCGAAGGAGGUUCUCCCAACUUCAAGACCAAACCCUAUUGUGUUGCCUUCAAAACCUGUUGCACAUCUGACAGUUGGACCUCAAGCACCCCAUGGAGAUGGAGUCAUGGUAUGGAACAUGCAGGCAGAACCAAUCCUCCAUGAAAUGGAGUACAAAGAUGGGAAGCUUGUCAUCCAGAAGGAAGGCUACUACUACGUCUACUCUAAGAUCUUCUUCAGUGAGGUCGAUGUUGCUAUGCUCACACACUCGGUCUGCAGAACUACUCCACGGUACCUUGGGAAGGACAUUGAACUCCUUAAGUCCAGGAGAUAUCACCCCAAGUUUGGGAAAAUGAUGUCCACAUCAAACAGCUACCUGGGAGGGGUGUUCCACCUCUUUGAAGAUGACUCCCUCUUUGUCAAAGUGAAAAAUGUCACUCAAGUUCGGAUACAACAUUCCACAGAGAACGUGUUUGGUAUCUAUAUGAUAUAAUACGGGUUGAUGAUGAAUAUACUUUUUUUAGGUAUCUGGCUGAUUAUCAUUGGUUUAAGGCAUAAUAAUACUGUAGGCCAAUUUACAUGUAAUAUUGCUACGCAGGGCCUUCCCCCUCAUUUUCUUUAAACAAAUCCUUGCAUCAAGAUGAAAUUCGAUGCGUGGAAAAUUUACUGUUGACGAAAAGCCCCUUUAUAAUAAAGCCAUAAUAAUGUUUGCCAUACACUAGGCUACAGUUGAGCAGAGGCGUUUUUAGGAUUUCCACACAUGGAUUUUUUUUUAGCAGGGUCGUAAAAGAAUCUGCCUUUGAAAAAGGCAUUUCAUGCAGUUCUACGUCAUUUACAUGAAAGACAUUGGUUGAAUCAUUUUAUUACCACACAACUGACUGAAAUGGCUGGCUACUCUGACACUGACAAACUGAGAUCAAUCUGGCCUUGAUUUCAAACAAACAAUAGCCCAGGCCAAUGAAGCGACACACAGAUUGUACAA